CACUCAUUCAAUGCUGCGAAACGCCAUGUGACCAGCCAGAGAGAGAGAGAGAGAGAGAGAGAGAGAGAGAGAGAGAAAGAGGGAGAUCAGAGGGCUCGCCUGCAUGCUUCAGUGACAAUUCACACCUUUAGAUCCCAUCAUCCCCCAGCGUUCAAUCCCUGAUCUACUUCUCAUCCUCCUUCAGUAACGACAGCAACAAGAAGGUGGCUUUGGAUAUGAUAUAUUGGUGGACGAGGGUCGGAUCCGUGCGCUCUGAGCAGCAACAAAGAUGAGGGAGCGGCAGCGGUGGCAGCCGGAGGAGGACGAGCUCCUGCGGGAGUACGUGAAGCAGUACGGCCCCAAGGAGUGGGGAAUGGUGUCGGAGCGGAUGGGCCGCCCCCUCCACCGUGACCCCAAGUCGUGCCACGAGCGCUGGAAGAACUACCUCCGCCCCGGCCUCAAGAAGGGCUCCCUCACCCCGGAGGAGCAGUCCCUCGUCAUCUCCCUCCAGGCCCGCUACGGCAACAAGUGGAAGGCCAUCGCCGCCCACCUCCCCGGCCGCACCCCCAAGCGCCUCGGCAAGUGGUGGGAAGUCUUCAAAGAGAAGCAGCUCAAGCUCGCCAACCAAUCCGGCGCCGGCAGCGGCCGCCACCCGUACCCUUACUCCCACCACCCCGUACCGGGCGCGGCCUCUCCUGUCGCCCCCGCCGCCGCUUCCUCUAGCGCCUACGAGCACAUCCUGCAGACCUUCGCCGAGAAACACGCGCUGCUCCGGGAGCCCCCCCUCCCCAUCGACCACUGCUCCUCCCCCUCGCCCUCCUCCGUGCUUUCCUCCGCCACGGCCGCGGCGCCGUCCGUGGCGCUGUCGCUGUCGCCCCCGCGGUCGCCGGCGCUCGCGGCGCACCGGGUGCCCAUCCUGGUGCAGAUGUGCCAGGAGGUGGAGGAGGGUCGGCGGGCGUGGGUGCAGCACCGGAAGGAGGCGGCGUGGCGGCUGAGCCGGCUGGAGCAGCAGAUGGAGACGGAGAAGGCGAGGAAGAAGACGGAGAAGGUGGAGGAGGUGGAGGGGAAGAUACGGCGGCUGCGGGAUGAGGAGAGGUCUCGGCUCGAGAGGGUGGAACGGGAGUGGAGGGAGAAGGUGACGCAGCUGAGGACGGAGGCGGAGGCCGAGGAAGCAAAGAUGGCGGAGGCUUGGGCACGUAAGCAGGCGAAGCUCGCAACGUUGAUCCGAAGAAUCGCUGGUGACAGUGCUCGAUUCUUUUCCUUUUCAUGUAACGUAAGGUAGAUCAGUACAUGGUUUACAAGGCAUUCUUUUUCUUCCUUCACUUCCUUCCUCCAUUUUCAACGAGUGCUUGUAAGGAUCGAGAUGAACAAGAAUCGCAUCAGCUUUCGAUCAUUUA